AUGGGCAGUAGAGUAGCUCCACAGAGCCCACAUGGAACCAGUGGAAACUUUUGUGAUAGUGUAAAGAUUGUAGGAAAUCGAAAACCCAAUAGUUCCAUGGGCAAGUUUGAGCUGCCGUACUUCCCUAAUGAGAGAACAACCCGUGGUGUUGUAGCUGUUGUAGUUACACUGAGAGAGGUGUUACCAGCUUGUCUUUCUGGUUUUGCAAGAAAACCUAGAAAAACUGCACCGCUUCAUUCUAAGCAAAUAUUUGACCUCCUCCUGUUCCGCUGCCACAGCACAACAAAGCGGUUAAACGAGUGCCCAGGGCUGGCACACGCCGGGACCCGCCGCAACGGAAAGGCUCCAGAUGCCCCAGUGAGGGGUGGGGUGUUUGGAGCCAGAGCCCGGUCCCCACCCUUCUUUCACCCUUCAGCACCACCUGCACCAGCACCUGGAUUUUCUAACAUUGGCUAUGCACCAGGCAGUGAAGUCCCCAGUGGCUACCCACAGCAUGGAACUGGAACUUACCAAGGUGUCCCAGGCACCGGAGGCUAUGGUUUCCAGGCACAGCCCAUGGGAGUCCCAGCUGGGUUUGCUGUUCCACCCAUCCAAAACCAGCCCAUCAUGCAGCAGGGGAUAAUGUGGAUGCCUGUCCCUCCUCCUCUUCCCAACUGCCCCCCUGGACUGGAAUACCUCACUCAGAUUGACCAGAUAUUAAUUCAUCAACAAAUUGAACUUCUUGAGAUUUUGACUGGCUUUGAAACAAACAACAAAUAUGAAAUCAAGAACACGCUGGGGCAAAGAGUGUACUUUGCAGCAGAGGACAAUGACUGCUGUACCAGGAAUUGCUGUGGGCCAUCACGACCCUUCAACCUUCGGAUUGUAGACAACAUGGGCCAUGAGGUGAUAACACUGCAGAGACCUCUCCGGUGCUCUUCAUGCUGCUUUCCCUGCUGCUUACAGGAGCUGGAAGUUCAGGCACCUCCAGGAACAACAGUUGGUUACGUUGUCCAGAACUGGCAUAUCUGCUUGCCAAAGUUUACCAUUCAAGAUGAGAACAGAAAGGAUAUAUUGAAAAUUAUUGGUCCAUGUGUUGUUUGCAGCUGUUGUGAGGACAUUAAUUUUGAGGUGAAGUCUCUGGAUGAGACUUCUACUGUUGGAAUGAUUUCUAAGCAGUGGACUGGGUUUGUGAAAGAAGCCUUUACAGAUGCAGAUAACUUUGGAGUCAAAUUCCCAAUGGACCUUGAUGUAAAAAUGAAAGCUGUCAUGAUCGGUGCUUGCUUCCUUAUUGAUUUCAUGUUUUUUGAGCACGGUGGUGAUCAGAAACAGCGAACAGGAAUUUGGCAAUGA